CGCCCUAAACACAUUUCCAUUCAUUCUCUAUGGUAGUGCUGAACCACUACGGAUGCAAUAUAUCUUUGGCCGCUAUUGUUUGUUUGGCGCCCUUUUUCCGAGGAGAGGAGUUGUUGUUUCCUUCGCCACUCUGUCAGUGUUGGUCUGGAUGAUCUACACUUCACAUCGACUUGAGCUUGAGCUACGCUGUGUGGACAUUACGCCAAACGUACCAUCUGCUACACUGUCCACACCAACUGAACUGAAGGGUUCACAAGUAGAUGCCCCUGCUCUGCCGAUGGUAAAGAGACCUGUGCCCCUUCCUCAGGAGCUGAUGUUCCUGAUGCCAGAAACACCAGGACCCUUGCCAACAGAGACAACUGUCACUGUUCCAGUGUCAGAGGCACUUCCGAUUUCUCCUGAGACGUCUGCAGAGCCCAUUCAACCGCCGCUGCAACCGCCAAGAGCUCAAAGUCAGCCAUUACCCAGGCCAUCAGCUGUCCCCAGCUGUCCUCCUCCACAGCUUCCUGGCUAUGACCAUGAUGUCAGUCAGUGGAACUGUUCACAGCAGCAGAGGACCUGGAUGAAGACAGAGCUGGAAUCCCUGGGUCUCUGGCCAGGCUCCAUUCCUGUGCGCAACCCCAUGAAGAUGCUGUCACUGUGGCGUCUCCCUCCCCAGCCAGAAUUAAUUGACAGCAUCUCUGAUCUUCCAUCCCCAAAGUACUCUCAGCUCCAUCCCUUUUUCAUAUGGAAGCCAGAGAAUGACAACUUGAUGGCGAGGCUGAGGAACAACGACACUCUGCCAUGUAUCGAAGGUUGUGCUCAGCCUCAAGUUACCUCUGCAGGUGUUGGUAGGCCUCGUGUGAUUGUUGGCAUCACUGGACAGUACUACCUGUUGUCAUCCAGGCUGUGCUGCAAAGUGUGCCGGAAGAGGUGGUAUGCUGACAACCCACUGUGGCUGGAAAAGCUUCCAAAGAGGUUCACAAACCUGUUGCCAGCAAUACUGACCUACAAGAAGGCCAUCUGUAAAUCGGUCAUGGACGAGCUUAGACGCACAGUUCGAUGA